CAGCUUAUUGUAGCUCUACACUCCCAAUCACAUCGGCAGAACCCCACGAUCACAGUUUACCACCAUGCGUUUCACUCAACUUACAACGGGAGUUUUGCUCUCUCUCGCAGUUGGCGCCGCCGCCGUCGACGUCGAACUGCUCUUCAAUGGAUGUACCCUGGGCGGCAGUGCCACAUGCGUCGGCCUCAACCCCAACCAGUGCUGCUAUGUCCCUGGAGCGCUCAACCUCUGGGGCGUCAACUUCCGCGCGAUGCCGAGCGAGUGGAACCUCGAGCUGCGGUUCCACAGAGCCCAGGGGGAAAGCAACCAGUGCGGCGACAUCAUCAUCAAGGUGCCUUCAAAGGGCAGCAACUUCCAGUGUCUAGGCACAAUGCACGGCGAUGGAGGCGGUGCUGGGUAUGGCUUCCUCAACUGGAAGCGCGAGGAUCAGCCAGAGCAGCCCUGCCAGCAAGCGAAUCUGCUCACGACCGAGGACGGGGUUGUCUACGACCUGGAUGGCCUGUCUGAGAAACAGAUUGUCGAAUUGGUGGGAUACAUGGGAGCCAACAGCACCGGGUUCCCGGGCCACUUCGACCGGUAUCGAAUCUAGGUGGUUUCCGGCCACGUCGUGAUCAGCGCGCACGCUACCCGUAGGGCUACGACAAGGGAGCUCACUUCAAGGGCAAUAUAUCAACGAAGGGUACGAGUCAGUUUGUGCACACGAGAAAAUGAGUGAAUAUCCAGGAGCACGAUAUACUGAGAAGCGGCACCACAUUGGUACGACUGCAUCAAAGAGGCGCGCAGCCGGCCGCAGGUGCCUGCCCGACUCGACACUCAUCACAAUAAUGUAUUCCGAGCUACAGGACUUUGAAAAUAAUAACAAUAGACUCUCCAU